GGGUCCACAGUGUGAUGGAUGUCGGCACCGUCGUGGUCUUGGGGGAUGGAUAAUGAACAACCCCACCAGGAGUUGGUCAAGUGUGUGGUCGUGGGCGAUACGGCCGUCGGAAAAACUCGACUGAUAUGCGCUCGCGCGUGCAACAAGCAGGUCUCGAUGGCCCAACUGCUGGCUACCCACGUGCCAACGGUUUGGGCCAUCGAUCAGUACCGCAUCUACAAGGAUGUUCUCGAGAGAUCCUGGGAAGUGGUGGACGGCGUCAACGUCAGUCUGAGACUUUGGGACACUUUCGGCGAUCACGAAAAGGACAGGCGAUUCGCUUACGGAAGAUCGGAUGUUGUGUUACUAUGCUUCAGCAUCAACAACCCUGUAUCUCUUCGCAACUGCCGGUUAAUGUGGUUUCCGGAAAUUCGUCGUUUUUGUCCCAGUACCCCCGUCAUUUUAGUAGGAUGCAAGAACGACUUGCGUUACAUGUACCGAGACGAGGCGUAUCUCAACUACUUCCGAGACAAGAGUCCAUUCGUUCGCGCGACCAGGAAGAGCGAUCUGGUGAUGCCAGACGAGGCCAGAGACGUGGCCAGAGAACUCGGCCUGCACUACUACGAGACUUCGGUACUUACCUACUAUGGAGUUAACGAAGUGUUCGAGAACGCCAUUAGGGCAGCGCUGAUAGCCAGACGGGCCCAGCGGUUCUGGAUGACGAACUUGAAGAGGGUGCAGCGGCCGCUUUUGCAGGCACCUUUCAAGCCUCCCCCACCCAUGAAUACAGACAUUCACAUAUUGUCGGGAACUUACACUGAACAUAUGCGACAUCUUUGGCUUAGCAGGGCUCAUACAGAUAUCGUGUUGAUUGUGGGGUCGAUGGGAUUUCCUGCACAUCGGUUCAUCCUGGCAGCCAGCAGUAGAGCUUUUUACAGGCUUUUAACUGCAGAUCUCAUGGCACGCAGCACCAGCGACUCGAGCAUGGUGAGUUCGUUGGGAGAUUUUGCCGACGAAACUGAGUGCCUCGUACGAGCCGAGCAGAAGACUUGCAAAAGACGUGCCAGUUGCCAAGCUCUGCCGACUGCCAGGGAACUGGAACACCCGGCUUUUCAGUGUAUCAGAAACGUUCAACCGGAAGGACAAACCGUGGUGACACUCAGCAAACUAGUAACUCCCAGUGCCAUGCAGCAGUGUUUACUCUUCGCUUAUACCGGUACAGUCGAUCGUAGUGCACUGAAUCUAAGAGAAACCUGUGAGGCUGCGGAAUUUCUGGAGUUGCCCCAAUUAUUGAUACUGCUCACAAAACAUCCUUUUGUUGCCCCUGACCCUCCCGAUGACACUUAUGAAAAUUUCCUCAAGGGGCGUUUACAGGAUGUCUGUUUAGAUCAAGGCCUUUUUGCAGACGUCAUAUUCGAACUUGAUGAUGGAGCCUGCACUGCUCACAAGGCGAUGCUUGCAGCACGAUGUGAUGUCAUGAAGGCAAUGCUCAGUGGAGAUUUUCGAGAAAGCCAAGCCAAAGUGAUUGAAUUUCCAGGAGUAAGGGAGUACACAUUUCAUAAACUGCUCUGUUUUCUGUACAUCGACGAAAUCCCAGCGGUGUCUGCUAUUCGCUGUAUCAAUUUGUUAGAACUGGCGAAUAGGCUGUGUUUGCCAAGACUUGUCAAUUUAGUGGAGAGACGGGUUAUUGAAGAUUUGGAACGUCUGCAACCUUCUGAAUCUAUAGAGCACUGCUUGAGAUUGCUAGAACCUGUUAAGGAACUGUUGAAAAUGACUACCCCUCGCUCGGAUGCAAGAACCCAAUCUUCUCCUCAACGACUCUCGAACUCUUCCAAAAACAUCAGGAUCGUUUGA